AUGCCACCUAACACUGAGACAGAUACUUUUCUUUAUCAGGAUGAUAUAGCAUCAUCUUCGCGUGAUAUAUCUGAACCAAUUACUGAAACUAUUGUCAUAGUUGGUUUUGGUAUGACAGCUGUCUCCUUCAUAGAAAAAAUAUUGGAAUAUGACAAUCAAUCAAGAUAUCGUAUACGAGUAUUCUCAGAAGAACCAACUGUUGCCUAUAAUCGGGUUGGUCUGACUCAAUAUUUUUCUCAUCAUGAUACUUCAAAACAAUGGAUGAAGCCACCCACUUGGUAUGAUGAAAACAAUGUUGAUAUACAUUUAGGUGACCCAGUGGAAGAAAUCGAUAUCACUAAUCAAGCAGUUCGAACUCGACUAUCAGGUUGGGUGCAAUAUGAUAAAUGUAUCUUGGCUACUGGAUCAUCAGCCGCCAUUCCUCCUGGUACGCCUAUCAAUGAGAUGGACGGUGUAUUUGUUUAUCGUACAUUGGAAGAUCUCGAUAAUAUACAUCAAUGGUCUCAAUCUCCUUCAGUAAAACAUGCAUCCAUUGUUGGUGGUGGUCUAUUGGGGUUGGAAGCUGCCAAGGCGGCCAAGGAUCUAGGCUUGCAAGUCACUAUCUAUGAACGAUCUGAUAGAUUGUUAUCACGUCAACUCGAUCAAGAGGCAUCCAAUCAACUAGAGCAAGAAAUCAUCAGCUUGGGAUUGAAAACAUGUAUUGGUCAUUGUCCUGUCACUUUAAUAAAAGAUCAAGAUGAACAGCAAAUGGAGAUCGAUCCGAAUCCAUCAACUAAAAACAACCGAUUGGCAGGCAUGAUUCUCAGUAAUGGCGAGCAUGUCAAAACAGAUAUGGUGAUCUAUUCCAUUGGUAUUACUCCUCGAGAUCAUCUAGCACAAAAGGAUGGUCAUCAACUAUUGGAACGUGGAGAUAGAGGUGGAUUCAAAGUCAAUUCAUUGAUGGAGACAUCUGCGGGUAAUAUUUAUGCUAUUGGUGAAUGUGCCUCUUAUAAUGGUAUGUGCUACGGACUUGUUGCACCUUGUUAUGAUAUGGCAGAUGUAGUGGCUAGGAACUUGACAACAAGACUUCAUGAUCCCAGAAAAAUUCAAUUUAAAGGUGCUGAUAUGUCAACAAAACUUAAACUCUUAGGUGUGCAUGUAGCUAGCUUUGGUGAUUGUUUUGCUGAUACAUCUAAUCAAGAUUCUUAUCAACCUUUGAUCUAUCGUGAUCCUUUCGCCAGAAUUUACAAGAAAUAUAUUUUUACUAAUGAUGGUAAAAAGUUGAUCGGCGGUAUGAUGGUUGGUGAUACGAAAGACUAUGCAAAAUUACUAUCCAUUGUGAAGAGUGGGAAACGACUUUUAACUCCCCCUUCUGAAUUAAUUCUGGGUGUUCAAAAUCAAGAAGCUCAAGGUGCAGAUGCUUUAACUGAUGAUACACAAAUCUGUUCCUGUAACAAUGUGACCAAGGGUGAUAUUCGUAAAGUCAUUAAAGCUAAAAAAUGUCAAAAUGUCAACCAAGUCAAAUGUUUCUCAAAAGCUGGUUCUGGAUGUGGUGGAUGUUUACCUCAGGUUCAAGAGAUAUUUGAAAGUGAGCUAAAGUCUUUAGGUCAGACCAUUAGCAAUUCUUUAUGUAGUCAUUUCAAAUAUAGUAGAGCUGAAUUAUUUACCAUUGGGAAAGUCAAAGAAUUACAUUCUUUUGAUGAUUUUGUUCGUGAAGCUUCUGAUAAUCAAACAACUCUUGGAUGUGAAGUUUGUAAGCCUGCUAUUGCCUCCAUUUUAGCAAGUCUUUGGAACGAGCAUAUAUUAAACCCGAAAUUGGUUCCAUUACAAGAUACAAAUGAUCGUUAUUUGGCUAAUAUCCAACGUGGUGGACUUUAUAGUGUUGUUCCUCGUAUAGCUGCUGGAGAAGUAACUCCAGAAAAAUUGGGUGUCAUUGCAAAUGUUGCAAAAGAAUAUAAUCUUUAUACGAAAAUCACAGGUGCCCAGCGAAUUGACAUCAUGGGUGCAAAAAAAGAAGAUUUACCUGAUAUUUGGGAAAAAUUAGUCGAUGCAGGCUUUGAAAGUGGACAUGCUUAUGGGAAAUCACUUCGUGCAGUAAAAAGUUGUGUUGGCACAACUUGGUGUAGAUAUGGACAGCAAGAUUCCGUCGGAUUCGCCAUUAAGCUUGAAAAUAGAUACAAAGGCAUUCGAUCACCACAUAAAUUGAAAGGUGGUGUUUCUGGUUGUAUCCGUGAAUGUGCUGAAGCUCAGGGAAAAGACUUUGGUUGUAUUGCUACGGAUAAAGGUUACAAUGUAUAUGUCUGUGGUAAUGGUGGCUCCAAACCGAAACAUGCGGAACUAUUGAUAGCUGAUGCUUCUGAAGAAAUGGUCCUUCGUUACUUGGAUCGUUUUUUAAUGUAUUAUAUUAUGACUGCCGAUCGAUUGAUGCGUACUGCUCGCUGGCUCGAAAAAUUGGAAGGUGGUAUCGCUUAUCUCCGCAAAGUCGUUAUUGAUGAUUAUCUUGGUAUUGCACAACAAUUGGAAAAUCAUAUGCAUCAACUGAUUGGUGCCUAUCAAUGUGAAUGGACCACUGUGGUACGUGAUCCCAAGCUACGAGCACAUUUCAAGCCUUUUGUAAAUUCUCAGCAAGACGAUGAAAUGAUUGAAAUGAUAGAAGAACGAGGACAACGUCGACCUGCCAAUUGGCCCAAGGAAGUCCCACUUUUACCACCCUUAAAGAAUCGCAAAAUGGAAGAGCAAUCAAUGAACGAAUGGAUUUGUAUUGGGUCUACUGAUCUUUUCCCAUCCGAUGAAGGAAAAGUCGUGCUGAUUGGAGAUGUUCAAAUCGCUAUUUUCCAUACACAGGGUCGUUGGUAUGCAACACAAAACAUGUGUCCUCACAAACGAGCAUUAGUUUUAGCUUCAGGAUUACUUGGAACAUCCUCUGACAAUGGAGCUUCACCUUAUGUAUCUUGCCCUAUGCACAAGAAAAAUUUUGAUUUACAAUCUGGAGAAUGUCUUGUUCCUGGAGAAAAGGAAAAAUACCGUUUGGAAACUUUCGAUGUCAAAGUAGAGCAAGAUCAAGUGUUUUUAAAAUUAGGAAUACCACUGACAGAAUUGAAUCAACUCCUUGGAUCAGCUAAAACAAUCAUUACAAAAUAUAUGGCUCCAGUGGUGAUGUCGCAACAGGAAUUAUCAGGCUGUUCAAGUGCAGGAGGAGGAUGUGGUGACAAGGCAUUAGAAUGGUAAAACCCAUUAUAGGUUCACUACUUUUCCUUCGCAUUGCCAAAAUACGAUGAUUUUUCAAAGCAGUACUAUAUUGUUCAAAAUUGAAAUUAUAUUUAUAAUAAAGUUUUUUUUUUCUCAGUUCAACCUU